AUGGGGAAUGAGUUCGGUUGCCUGGAGCCCUUGAGUCUUUCGGAAGUCAGCCUGGCGCUCAGAAAAGGGUGCGAAGAAGGGGCGCCUGCAGAGCGACUCAAGCUCUCCCAGCUGCGCCGAGCCUUCGACGAGGCCAUGCUGGCCUUAGAAGGGCGCUUCCAGUUUGCCACAGCUUCCGACUCCCUCGUUUCACGGAAGGACGACUCCGACAAGGUGCUGAUACUGGAACGCGGCGACUGCCUCUUUGCUUUCAACUUCCACCCCACGCGCUCCUAUGCGGAGUACCGCGUGGGGCAUCCUUGGAAGGAAGGUUUGCGAGUGGUGCUGAACUCGGAUGAAGCCCGCUUCGGUGGCCAGGGUCGGCUGUCUACCGAGACGCUGCCUGCAGCCGACGGCUGCGACUCCAGGUGCUGCUCGGCGAGGCUUUGCCUCCCCAGCCGCAGUGUCCAGGUCCUUGUCAGAGAGUCCCUGCUGGAAGGGGGCGUCUUGGUGCGUCUGGGCACGGGGCCGACCUCCGCCUGGCCUUUCCCCGCGGCGGAGCUGCGACUAAGGAUGGCAGAGAGCCCGACCACGGAGGUGACGCGCUUCGCCUCCGACUCCUCGGCUUCCUUGUCGGCGCGCCUGCCCACCUGGCCCAGCGCCUUCCAGGUCUACUGGGAAGUGCAGAAGGGCCGUGUGGCACGCGGCGCCCCUGCCAAGGUCCAGCUGCCCUUCGCACUGGAGACCUACCGAGUCCAUUUCCCGGGGACCUAUGUCCUCGACUGCUUCGGCAACCUCACUUGCGCCGGUUCCGGAAACGAUGUGACGCCAGAUGAGGCUUCUUGCGGCGACGGGGUGCCCGUGGGCUCCGGGAAGGCAAAGGCAGCUCCGCUGGCCCAAAGCCGGCCACACUACGUGCGUGCGAACAGCACUGGCAACGGAAACCCCCCGGUCACGAGCAACGCGAGCAAAGUCGUCAAGGAGGACUCCUCGCUUUCCGCGGCGUCGGCUUCCGCAGCCUCGGUGGCCUCGGUGGCCUCGGUCUCUGCGGCUUCGGCGGUUUCGGCGGCUUCGGCCUCGGACCCAGCGGACCCGGCCUCCCCGGCCUCCGCGGCCUCCGCGGCCUCCGCGGCCUCGGCAGCGGUGCAGAACCUGCCCUCCACGGUGAUCGCCGCUCGGCGGGAAGUGGGCCAUGGCCGCGAGGCGCACCCGCCGCACAUUGCACGUGCACAUCCGCUCCACACGUCGCAACUCUGCUCCGCUCUUUUGUCGUCGCGCCGCGCCCUUCUUUCGCGGAGAGGCACCAAACGACAGCGAGAAGGCCAAGGCACGGCGGCACACGGCGAGACGUGGCGGAAGCACAAGCCUCCUGCGCUUCGUGCUGGGCUCCAGGAGGCCAAGGCUGGCUCCGCCAAGUCGGGAGAGGACCUCGGAGCAGCGACUUGCGCAGAGGCCAAAUCCAAACGCCGCACGAAGAAGGCCCAGACCUUUGCGGCUCUCCGUGCUGUUUUUGGAAAUCUUCGAGUGGGGGCGGCUCGGCCUUUGUGUUGGGCGUUUGGUUUCGAGGUCGAGGCAGGCGCAGGCGCCCCCGGCUUGGAGGCUUUGCGCUCUGCUGGGCGCAAAAGGAAGGGUGCCUUGCGGCUUAGCGAGCUCUGCAGUCUGCAGGUGAAGCGAUCGACGUCCCAGCGCCGCUUGAAGAAGGCCUUGCAGCCGCCAGCUGCCAGCGUCAUGGCGACGUCUCAGCUCUUGGACUUGCGGAGGAGCAGGGAGAGGCCUCGCUCUGCAAGGAGGAGCCGGUUUGAGCGCACGGGCCGCUGCAGAGUGCCGCCAUGCUCAGUGCUCUGGGGAGGACUUGGAGUGGCUCCAGCCGGCCAAGAAGGUGCCUCUGCAGGCGCCCCCCCCACACUCCCGGGCCCGCCCCCCUUCCUCCUAACUCUAAUUCUCAAAUUGCUGGCCAAGCCUUCUCUUGUGAAACUACAAGUUCUGGCUGCGGCUGCGGCUCGCAUCUCCUCUCAUUUGCAAAGCUCUGGUCAAGCUCGAGUUUGGGCAGCGGGGAGUGGCGGCAUGUAG